AUGUCUAUGGGAUAUUUGCUCCCACCGCCGCCUGAAGAUGCGAGACAUUUGACGGAUGACCCUAGCUCGCCGCUCAUGGAUACCACUCCCAUAUCCUGGAGAGGACUCAUGGUCAGCAAGGCAAUGAACCAGCUUCUCCAUUCCGUUUCAUGGGGCCCGCUAGAUGUGCUCAUAUUAGACCUUCCACCGGGAACAGGAGAUGUGCAGCUUACCAUCAACCAGGAGGUAGUUGUUGAUGGCGCUGUCAUAGUGUCUACGCCGCAGGAUAUUGCUCUACGAGACGCCGUUCGAGGAUUUGGCUUGUUUGAAAAGAUGAAUGUCCCUGUAUUAGGAAUGAUACGGAACAUGGCUUAUUUUGCUUGCCCACAUUGUGGAAAGCAGACUAAGAUAUUCUCACGAUCGAACAAUCAUGCCGCGGGAGAUGAAGGACACCAGCCCAGUCAUGGUGAGAAUACCGGAGUUGUUGCGGCCUGUAAACGCCUUGGUAUUGAUUUCCUUGGAGACAUCCCUCUUGAUGCGCGCGUGUGUGAAGAUGCAGAUAGGGGUAUGCCUACUGUCGUGGCUGAAGAAAGCAAUGAUAGAAGCGUUCGCCGGAAUGCUUUCUUGGAUGUAUCAAAGAAAAUUGCAGAAAAAGUCGGACUCGAAUGGUGA